UCCAAUCAUAUGAUUACGUUGUUAGUACUAUUCCUACUUGUUCAUCUUCUCAAAGCUAAUUCAAAAUGCCCAAAAUCCUACGCCUGCAGAAACUUCACUCUAGAAUUUCCCUUCACCACCAGCAACGAUCCCGACUGCGGAAUAUUCACAGUCGAUGGCUGCGAUUCUCAAAUCGGACAUCCAACGCUACGCACAGCAGAUCCAUCAUCUUCGUUUCAAAUUCUGGAUAAAACAUCCACAAAUGCAUUCCUGAUUCACGACGGCGUGCUUCAACAAUUACUGGGAUUGCCCACGUGUUACACUGUCGGAAAUAUGUCGCUGCCUAAGUCUCCCUUUGUCUCAUUCACAUUCUACCCCAAACUCACCUUCUUCGCAUGCUAUAAUCAAACUCCCGAUCAUCAAAUCAGCGACUAUUUCAAAAGCUAUCGCGUCUUACGCUGUAACAUCUCCACCGUCUACUAUGUAUUUCCGGAAACUCGUCAAGCUCCGGUUGUCCCUUCAGGAUGCUUGGUGGCUCAGCUACCUAUCAAGUCCGACAGCUCGCCUUUCUUGACGGCUAACUUUACUCUAGAAUGGAAAGUUUCUCAAUAUUGCUCUCAGUGCUACAAGGGAGGAGGCCAGUGUUUAACUCACAACUACCGACAGUUCUACUGUCGAAAAACAGGAAAAACAGGAUUUUCAAAGACAACUUUGAUAGGUGGUAUGGCCAUAGCCGCUCUUUCAUCCUCUUUGGUAACCGCAUUCGUUUUCAUUUGGAGGAAGCGUGCAAAGGCAAAACAAGAGCGUGAAAAAGAGCUUGAACUCUUUCUGGAGAAGAAUGUAAAUCUUGCACCAAUGCGAUACAAAUACUCCAACAUCAAGAAAAUGACAAACUCAUUUAGUGAACACUUGGGAAGAGGAGGAUUUGGUAGUGUUUAUAAAGGAAAGUUUCCCAAUGGCCAUCCUGUGGCAGUGAAAGUCUUAAACGAAUCUAAUGAAUAUGGGGAAGAUUUCAUGAAUGAGGUUGCAAGCAUUAGUAGAACUUCCCACAUUAAUAUUGUUGGGCUACUAGGAUUUUGCUUUGAUGGUUCUAAAAGAGCUCUCAUUUAUGACUUCAUGCCUAAUGGAUCACUUGAAAAGUUCAUUGGAAACAAUGCUUCCUCAUCUCAAGAAUCUGGGUUAGGAUGGGAUAAAUUGUUUGAGAUCGCUCUUGGGAUAGCUCGAGGGCUAGAGUACUUGCACCAAGGUUGUAAUACGAGGAUUUUGCAUUUAGACGUCAAGCCUCAGAACAUUCUUCUAGAUAAGGACAUGAAUCCAAGAAUUUCUGACUUUGGGCUUUCUAAGUUGUGUCCGAACAGAUCAAGCGUAGUCUCGAGGAUGGUGGCAAGAGGUACUAUAGGGUACAUGGCCCCUGAAGUGUUUUCUAGAAACUUUGGAGAAGUUUCAUACAAGUCUGAUGUGUAUAGUUAUGGAAUGUUGGUUUUGGAAAUGGUUGGAGGACGCAGAAGCAUUGAUCCGAGAGAUGAAGAUCGUACCAGUGAGAUACACUUCCCCCACAAUCUCUACAAGCAGCUUGAGUUGAAAGCAGAAAGAGACGGUGAUCUUUAUCCAAUAACGAUUCAAGAAGAGGAAUUCGGUGAUUUUUUUUGUGGAACAGUGAAUGGAGAAGAUGAAAGACAACAUGUGGAGAGAAAUUUGAUAAUUGUUGGCUUGUGGUGCAUUCAGACAAACCCUAAGGAUCGACCUUCGAUGACAAGGGUCGUAGAGAUGUUGGAAGGGAAAUUUGGAACGUUAGCGGCUCCACCUUUGCCUUACCUUUAGUCAACCACCAAGAUCAGCACCAAACUUUUCAACCUUUGAAUAUUUCUAGUAGUUUGCUUGAAUUUGUAUGGAAGCUUUAUUAGUGUAACAAUAACUUUGUUGGUUGAUUGAUAA